GCUCCGGACAGUUUAAAACGUCGGACACGUUCAGGAAACGCUGUGACCUGCUUGCAGUUUGCACCAGUAAAAUGGACUUGUAGCUGAAAGAAGAAUCAUGUUCAGCAUUAAGGCGUUGCAGAAAAACAAAACAGUCAGAUAUGGAGUCCCUAUGCUCUUGCUGGUAAUUGGAGGGUCUUUUGGCCUGCGAGAGUUUACACAAAUCCGAUAUGAUUCCCAGAAGAUCAAAAGAAAGCUGGAUCCUUCACUGGAGGCCAAAGUGAACAUCGAGAAGCAGCCAGUCAUACUGGAGGAGGAGUAUGAGAAAAUGAGGGAGUUGAAUUUGGAAGAGUGGAAGAACAUCCGUGGUCCUCGUCCCUGGGAGGACUCCAGAGAGUAUCAGGAGCAGCAGCGAUCCAAGCAGAACAAAAAAGACUGAGGCUCAUGGACGCCAUGCUGAACAGACUGCACACACACUGCAGCAGGACGGGCCAGACAAGAAUGGAUGGAGUCUGUGGUGAAGACGCCACAGAGACCAAAUUAUCCCGGAUGCUGCCACUUCAGGGCUUGGCCUCAACUUGUUUGGCCUUGGCUUGUGUUGGACUUGAAACUUAGGAAAUGUGAAUUGUUGUGGUCUCUUCUGGAUGUUCACGGCUACUAGUGGUUACAAUUAUGCCACAUGAGCUCAAAACCUUGAAAUAAGUUCAAGGUUGCCCAUAAAUUUAAAGAAGUAUGAGUUGCUUCUUGUAGUUUCAUACACAAAAUUAUAAAGCAGUCAGCUGUUGGCUGGUUGUUCUCCAGUGUGAUCAGGAGGUUGUAAUAAAAUCAACCAGUAGGUGGCACAUCUGUGUCCUGUUGCACCAUACCUUCCCCACAAAAACCAAGAAGGGAAACAAAAAUAUAUCAAUAUAUAUAAAUAUAUAUAUCAAUGUAUGAUUUCCAUGUCCCAAUAAAUUAUUGCUAUUGAUCCAAA